CAACGUACUCAAUCUAGAAUGCAAGACUUGAAGUUGGAGUCAGGGAAUCGGUCUAGAUCCUGCAAAUCGAAAUCGCUUUACAGGGACCACAUCCUACGAAAGGGCUUCUCGAACGAACGUGUUGGCAUUCACGUUUGCGCCUGUCGGUUAGGUCUGCGUGCGGUCAUCUGGUUGUAGACACCGACUGCCAUCUCGCAACUUUCAAAAUGGUGGACGUAAAGUGUCUGUCACACCCUCGUAUUAUUAUGACUCCGUCAUAUUUGGCAUGCGAUACUUGCAUGACUUUCAUUCUCUGAGAUUUCUGGCUUCAGUCACACAGCAAUUAUAGGCAUCUCAGGCUAGCCUCGGUGCGUAGUUCACGAAAAUUUCUGCAGCUUGCGAUGGGGCAAGUGAGAAACGAGCCUCCUCGCUAUGUCCUGAUCACUAGGAUACCGUGAGUGUUUGGUUCCACUCUUUCGGCAAAGGCUGCCGCGUUCGCGUUAAGUGGUCAGAGGGUGUCUCUUCGUCUUCUAUCAUCGUUGAUUCCAUGCGCCCACGGCCUGUCGAUCGCUUAGCCGUAGCGGAAGCGAGAUCGGUGUCUACGCUCUCCACAGUGCAUUGUGGGUGUCAUCAAGUGUACCCAUCGACUGCGUUCCAGUUUCGGUUGGUUCACCGUUCCCUUUCUUCACAUCUACCUCAGUAACAGCUUGCUCCGUCGUCGUGUUGUACACGAGCUUGCGACUUUAAAAAGGUUUAUUCCUCGUUUUUUUCUGCAGCAUAUACUUCCGACCCCGGAUCAUGUCUCCCGUGC